AUGUCGCACGCGCAGCCCCAGGGCGACACCAUCCCGCUCCACCCGUCGUCGGCGCAGUCCGACAUGGACGAGAUCGAGAGCCUCAUCCACGCCGCCCCCACCGCCGCCGCCGUCCUGCCCGCGCGGCCGCCCUCCCCUCCGCGCGCGUCCAUCCCCGUCGCCAACAUCCCUCCCGUGCCCCCUCCGGCCGGCUUCAGGCCCCAGCCGCCGCCCACCUUCUCCUCCGCGCCGCUCCCCUCCGCCUCCGUCGCCAUCCCCAUCCCCAUCCCCAUCGGCGCGGACGGGUUCGGGAGCCCCGCCAACACGCUCACGGAGCCCGUCUGGGACACCGUCAAGCGCGACCUCACCCGCAUCGUCAGCAACCUCAAGCUCGUCGUCUUCCCCAACCCCUUCCGCGAGGACCCCGGCAAGGCGCUCCGCGACUGGGAUCUCUGGGGGCCCUUCUUCUUCAUCGUCUUCCUCGGCCUCACCCUCUCAUGGUCGGCCUCAGUCAGGAAGUCUGAAGUAUUUGCUGUCGCGUUUGCUGUACUUGCUGCCGGUGCUAUAAUCCUCACGCUGAAUGUGCUGCUUCUGGGCGGCCAAAUCAUCUUCUUCCAAAGCCUGAGUCUUCUUGGAUACUGCUUGUUCCCCAUGGACGUGGGAGCUCUGAUUUGCCUGCUCAAGGACAAGGACAUGCUAAAGAUCGUCGUGGUGGCGGUGACACUAGCAUGGAGCUCCUGGGCCGCCUAUCCAUUCAUGAGCACCGCCGUGAACCCAAGGAGGAAGGCCCUGGCGCUGUACCCCGUCUUCCUCAUGUAUGUCUCCAUUAGCUUCCUCAUAAUCGCGAUAAAGUCAAGUCCGGAGAUUUUCCCGUCGAACCAUCCGAGUGAGUACAGGUUUUGUCUGACUGGUUUCUUUUGUAAAUAA